CUAACCUCUUCCUAUCAAUUAAUAGUCCCAUCACGACAACCAUAUCCAUCUCUAAUAUCAUUCCUUCUCAACAUGUCCCUCCUCCGCUUCUCCGCCAGGGCUCUCCCCACCCAACUCCGUACCCAAAUCGGCCUCCGCACCAUCGCGACAGCCAGCAAAAAGGAAUGGCUCUGCAUUCUCCCCGACAAGCCUGAUGCUUUGGAAUUGAGGAGAAAGGUUCGACCGACUCACAUGGCGGGAAUCGGACCCCUGGUCCAGACCGGAAAGAUAGUCGUUGGUGGCGCCAUGUUGGGCUCUCAUCCCCAAGAAGGCGAGGAUUUGUCCUUCAAGGGUAGUAUGCUGAUUUACACGGCGGAGACGGUCGAGGAAGUUCGGCAGAUCGUGGAGGAGGAUGUUUAUGCUAAGAGUGGAGUGUGGGAUAUGGAGAAGGCGUUGGUUGUUCCGUUUGUGUCGGCGGUUCGGGAGCCGUUGAGGAAGGAGUAGUGGUGAGGAGGCUUUGUUUUUGAUGGUGAGGGAUGUGUUGCCUUGGAGUGUUGAAGAUAGAGGUAGAAUCAUGAUAUAUGUUGCCUGCCGGAUAUGGUAGACAUUAUAUAUAGCUGACAUGUGUAGUGUGCUUUUACUUCCAGGAUAUCGCCACUUGAAGCUCGCCUGACUGAGCUAAUGAGUUCCUUGGAGUAAUUGGUGCAGUGUUAUGCACCUCCACGAUAC